AUGGGAGGUUUGGAUUCUGCAACCGAAGGAAUUCUUCCUGUCUUUCUAGGAGCCCUUCAAGCCUCAUUGACAGUUCUUUUAACAAUAAGUUAUGGAGUUAUUGCAUCGAGGUUUAAUUUGUUGAAGGAGUCUUCCACAAGAGAUAUCUCGAAAACGGCUGUUAGAUUGUUUCUACCAGCGCUUUUAAUCACAAAUGUUGGAGAGGAAUUGAAAUCGGAUACUGCAUAUAGAUAUGUACCGGUGUUGAUAUGGGCUCUGAUAUAUACUUUGUCAUCAAUGGCAUUGGGAAUGCUCCUUAAAAGAGCUUUUAAAUUUCCCGCUUGGUGUGUACCAGCCAUAUGCUUCAACAACACUACCGCGCUCCCCCUCCUCUUGAUCCAAGCCCUCGACACAGCCGGUAUCCUCACCAACCUAACCAUGUCCGAAUCCGACACCCCCUCCGCAGCCCUCAGCCGCGCAAAAUCCUAUUUCCUCGUCUCUUCCAUGGUAGGAAACAGUCUUACCUUCGCCCUUGGUCCUAGACUUCUAGACGACGAAGAAGCUCCCGACAAACCCGACAAAAACUCAAAACCAAGUCAUACACACAGUCCCACUGAAAGCGACGAGGAAUAUGCGCAUCCCACUAACUCCGCCGGACGAACCGCAGAAGAAGAGGAGGAAUACUCAAAUGAAACAUCCACUCUUCUUCCACGCAGCGUUGCCCGAAGCAGAACUACUGCUGCCAAAAAGUCGAAGCAAGAAUGGAAGAAAAUACCUCUCAAGAUUCGAAACGUAAUAUCAACUCUCUAUAGUUUCAUCAACGCCCCUCUCCUGGGUGCUCUCCUCGGUGCUCUCCUAGGCCUCACUCCCCCUCUCCACCGCAUCUUUUUCGCCUCCCCCUCAUCCGGCGGUAUCUUCAAAGCCUGGCUCACCACCUCCCUCAAAAACAUCGGCGAGCUAUUCGCCGCCCUCCAACUCGUCGUCGUAGGCUCCAAACUUUCCUCUUCCCUCUUACGCAUGAAGAAAGGUGAAUCCAGCGGAAAAGUUCCCUCACUUGUCGUCCUCACCAUCUGUUUCAUCCGCUUCAUUUUAUGGCCUAUCAUCAGCAUCGGAGUCAUCUACCUCAUUGCUUCCCACACAGGAUGGUUGGAUAACGAUCCCACAUUAUGGUUUGUGUUGAUGUUGAUGCCGACGGGGCCACCGGCUACAAAACUCACAGCGCUGGCGGAUGUGAGUGGUGCGAACGAGGAGGAGAAGAUGGCGAUUGCGAAGUUUAUAACGGUGGCUUAUGCCAUUAGUCCGUUGAUUUGUUUUGCGGUCGUGGGGAGUUUGAAGGCGUCUUUGGCGAUUAAGGGGUGA